UUCUAUUUUAAUAAAUAUACAUAUAUAUUAUUAUUCUAAAUUACUAGACUAAACAGACAAUUCGUAUUUUAGUUAAGAGGAGAAUAGAUCGGUAAUCCGGACGGUCAACUGACAUUAUCAGAAGUGCGCGUAAAUAAACCUCGCCGUUAAUGAAUGAAAACAGUGGAUAUAGAAAUUAAAUAAAUGACUGUGUGUGCACCCAUUGAAGUGCGGGAAGAAAAAUUCUGACGUUCGUUAUGUGUAUAUUUAAAUAGUUCGCAAAAUUGUGAAAUUGCGACUCGAAAAAGUAGACAAAAUUUAUGUACAUACAUGUACGUUUGUGUAUGCGAGAACAUUCGUGUGAGCAACGCGUCGAAAGUGCCACAACACGACGACGAAACGAGCGUUUAUUUGAAAUUUGCGGAUUCGUGGAAUUGCAUAGAUAUCAACGAAAUCGAGACAUUCGGCGAUACAAACAUAUCUACACUCGUAGCGAACAUUGUGUUUGAAAUUGUCCGAAUUGUAACUUCGUGUUCCAGUUAAACAGCAAAUAUGAAUUUUCGUAGCAUGAAAGUUGCCGAGCUGCGCAGCAUAUGUCGCGAAAAUGGCAUUGCUACGCAAGGUAACAAGAACACUUUAAUCGAACGACUACAAGCAGAUAAAAACGUAAACGCGAAUAUGAACGAACAAUUUGUAAGUGCAAACGAAUCGAUGUUGUUAGAAAGAAUCAACAUGCUAGAAAAAACCAUUGCCGAGUGGCAAACGCAGAAAAAGCAAAAUGAGCGUGAAGUGCAAAUACAAAGCGGUCAAUCUCAAAGAGAGCCAGUUUUUCGUCCGUCGGUCGUGUCGUCGCCGCGAAACGAACAUAUUGCAACGAGUGCGAAUACAUGUGUGUCGACGUCUUCUACGCAUGCGCCGCCAGCUAACGUAGCAUUAUCAUACAUACAUACACCGCGAAUGUGCACUACUACACAAGCACAAUAUGUGCCAGUGCCUAGUAAUGGAAACCCGUAUAUUCAACGUACACAAUUCGAACAGAGUUCUUAUUGGAAUAAUGAAAAUGUUCAAAAUGAAAAUAACACUCCACACGUAAAUUUUGCAGAGGCACAAGCGCAAGCGAAUGGUGGAAAUAGUUUUAUGAAUACACGAUUUUAUAACGAACAAAAUAUGCGAAACGAUGUGCAACCGAAUAGUAUGUACGCUUCAUAUUAUCCGAACUAUCCGUUUGCAAAUGCCUAUUUACAAAAUCCGUUUAGCAAAGUGAGUGAAGUGGUUACUCUUUUACCCGAAUUUGACCCGUCAUCCGAGACAUCACUAAAUGCGAAUCAAUUUGUAAAGAGAAUUGAAAUGUUACGUGCCGCGUACCAAUGGGGUGAUCAAGUACUCUUAUUUGCCGUGCAACAAAAACUAAAAGGUUAUGCUAAAUACUGGAUCGACGGCCAGUGCAUAUUUAAAUCGUGGUCAGAAUUCGUCGCGAAAUUCUGUGCUGAUUUCUCAACGACUGAGAACGUCGCUGAUAUACAUAUUAAAAUGAACCGAACUCGCCGGCAGCGUAACGAAAC